AUGAAUAUGCAAGGCAUAUUUGCCAUCCUCUCCUUGUGUUUUGUUGCUUCACAAGCUGAACCUAUUUUUGAUGUCCUCAAGUAUGGUGCUUUAGGAGAUGGCCACACCGAUGAUUCAAAAGCUUUUGUGAAAGCAUGGGAAGAUGUUUGCGAUUCAACAAAGGGAAAUCCAACCCUUCUGGUACCUAAGAGAAGAACCUUUGUAUUGCAACCUACUGUUUUCCAAGGUCCUUGCAAGUCUCCAUCCAUUAAUUUUAAGAUUCAAGGAACUAUAAGUGCUCCAAAAGGUGUCAAUGAUUGGAAAUGGUCAAGCAAUGAUAAAGGCAGCUGGCUUCAAUUUAUAUACAUAAAUAGACUUGUUGUCAAUGGUGGAGGAGUUUUUGAUGGCCAAGGUACACCUUGGUGGGAAUGUUUCAGAAAAUCUAGAUGUCAAAGGCCACGUGCCAUCUCAUUUCAUGCAUGUCCGGAGCUUAGAAUCAAUAAAGUGAAAGUAAUUAACACCCCAUCAAGUCACAUAAACAUAAACGGCUGCAAUGGCUCCGUUAUCUCCAAUAUCCACCUCCUUGCUCCUAAUGACAGCCCUAACACUGACGGCCUUGGAAUCUCUGGCUCAUCCCAUGUCACAAUCCGAGAUUCUACCAUGGAAGUUGGUGAUGACUGUGUGGUCAUUAAUGGAGGUUCCUACAUGAACAUUAGUGGUGUCUUCUGCGGACCUGGUCAUGGCAUAAGCAUUGGAAGCCUGGGAUCAGGUGGAACUUAUGGUGCAGUGGAAGAGAUCCACGUCAGAAACUGCACCUUCACCAGAUCUUCAAGUGGAGCCAGAAUCAAGACUUGGGAGGGUGGAUUUGGAUAUGUUAGAAAGGUCACAUAUGAGGACAUAAUACUGGAAGAUGUUCAGCACCCAGUGCUCAUUACCCAACACUACAAUAUUUCUCUAACUGACAACAAAAAGGCUAUAAAAAUCAGUGACAUUACAUACAGGAAUUUCAGGGGAACUUCAGCUUUGAGGAAGCAGUCAAAUUGGAGUGUGACAAUGUUGUGGAAGAAAUUUGAUUUAGCUGCUGGUUUUACUCAAACAUAUAAAAGGAAAGUAAAAGAGAAACAAGGGUUAGAGCAGAAAGAAGUGACAGGUUCAGGUCAUUAUCCUAAGGGUCCAGGCUAUCAGGGAUUGGCAAUGAUACUGUAG